AUGUCUCUGACAACCACACCAUCACCUGUUCGCGUCGUUGUUGCGAGCACGAAUCCAGUCAAAGUAAAUUGUGUCAAGGAGGCGUUUUCAAAAGUAUUUACUCCAACUAGGAAUGAUCACACAGAUGAUUCUCCUCUUGUGUUCAUUUCAAUGUCUGUUCCUUCUGAAGUCUCGGACCAGCCUCAAACAAUUUCGGAAACGUUGAAAGGAGCAACUAACAGAGCUCACAAUGCCAGAAAAGAAUUCAUGAAGAGAGAAAAUCUUUCAUCGGAUGAUCUUUAUCAUCAAUUAAUUUAUUUCGUCGGAAUUGAAGGAGGAAUAGAAGAUGAAGGAAAUUACCAAGUGGUUUCAUGUGCCUGCUGCGUAGUGAUUGAAUCAAUUAGUGGAUAUGUUUCUCAUGCCAAAACAUCAUCGUUUUAUUUACCUCCAGAAAUUGUGAGAUUAUUGAGGCAAGGAAUGGAGUUAGGUCAUGCCAAUGAUCUUGUUUUUAAUAAGACCAAUUCAAAACAUGAAACAGGAGCUGUUGGAUUGUUGUCCAGAGAAAUUGUGACUCGUUCAUCGUAUUAUGAACAAGCUUUAAUAUUGGCUUUAAUUCCAUUCAUGAAUAGAGAAAUGUAUGAAUUGGAUAAAAAGCAUGAACAAUAG